CUCUUAUUUUACAUUAAAAAAAUGAUUUUAUGAUUUAUUCUCCGAGAAACAAAGAGGGAGAAGUGUUCUGUGUGUGAGAGAAAGGGAGAGAAAGCGCCCGCUAAAUUUGGCUGGGAUUUUACAAGGAAAAAAUGGGUGAUAGUGAAGAAGGUAAUACUGAUGUGAUGCAAAGGAUCCAAUCUUCAUUUGGAACAUCAUCAUCUUCAAUCCCUAAGCAACCUUUAUCAAUGAGUCAUCUUGAGAUACCUCAGUUGAAUCCUAAUCAAAUGAGGUCUGCUAGGCAUUUCUCUCAUUUUGGCCAAAACUUUAAUGGUAGUGGUGGCGGCGGCGGCGGCGGUGCUGGUGAUGGUACUAAUAAAAGAGUUGGUAUACCUCCUUCACACCCUAACCAGAUCCCACCCAUUUCUCCUUAUUCACAGCUCCCCAUGUCCCAUCCGUCGAAUUACCGAACGGGUUCUCAGGGUUUAAGUCCGGGACCGACUCAUUCCCGGUCUUUGUCGCAGCCCAAUUCGCUUUUUACGUUUGAUUCAUUGCCCCCUUUGAGCCCUGUUCCUUCUCGUGAUUCUUCGUAUAUGGCUGUUUCGGAUCAGAUUACCGAGUUGUCUAUGGAAGAUAGGGAUGUUGCUUCGCAUUCUUUGUUGCCACCCUCACCUUUUUCCAAGGGGAGUUCUCCACGGGUUGGAGAGAGUUUGCCUCCUCGAAAUAAACAUAGGCGGUCCAAUAGUGAUAUUCCGUUUGGAUUUAAUACCAUAAUGCAAUCUUCGCCGCCACCUCUCGUUCCGUCAAGGGGUUGUGGUUUGGAGCAAUCCCUGUCUGGUAUGGAAAAUUCGGGAGUGCCUAGGCCAGCUCAGCUGGUGAAAAGGGAGACGAGCUGGGAAAGAGGCAACAAUGGCAAUGCUGAAGGAAUGGGUGAGUGGAAAUCAGAAGGGGAAGUUGAGGAUGAUUUGUUUUCUGCAUAUAUGAAUUUGGAUAAUAUGGAUUCCUUGAACUCUUCUGACGAUAAGAACAACGGUAACCACAAAGAUUUGGACAGCAGAGCAAGUGGAACAAAGACCAAUGGAGGUGAUAGUAGUGAUAAUGAAGUGGAAAGCAGUGAGAACGAGAGUGGGAAUAGUGCAUCACGAGGUGGAAUGAAUUCUACAGAGAAGAGAGAAGGGAUCAAAAGGAGUGCAGGAGGAGACAUUGCUCCUUCUUCUAGACAUUAUAGAAGUGUUUCCAUGGAUAGUUUCAUGGGGAUGUUGAACUUCAGUGAUGAGUCGCCAAAACUACCACCUUCACCCGGAACUCGUCCCGGACAACUCUCACUAAGCAAUUCAAUUGAUGGAAAUUCAGCAUCCUUUAGUUUGGAGCUUGGAAGUGGUGAGUUCAGUGAGGCUGAAAUGAAGAAAAUUAUGGCAAACGAGAAACUUGCGGAGAUUGCAAUGGCUGAUCCAAAGCGUGUGAAGAGGAUUUUGGCUAAUCGUCAAUCUGCUGCCCGUUCCAAAGAAAGGAAGAUGCGGUAUAUUUCAGAAUUGGAGCACAAGGUUCAGACUCUGCAGACUGAAGCUACCACAUUGUCUGCUCAACUAACACUUCUACAGAGAGAUUCUGUUGGGCUUACAAACCAGAACAAUGAGUUGAAGUUUCGUAUUCAGGCCAUGGAGCAACAGGCACAACUUCGAGAUGCUCUAAACGAAACAUUAACCGCAGAGGUCCGGCGGUUAAAGCUUGCUACUCAAGAACUAGGUGGUGAAGCUGAUCCGACUAAGGGUAUGGUUUCACAGCGGCUUCCUGUUAACCAACAGAUGUUCCAGCUACACCAGCAGCAGCAGUCUUCCCAUCAGUUCCACCACCAGCAGCAGCAAUCCCAACAGCUGAACGGGAACACAAUGACGAAAUCGGAGUCGAAUCAGUAGCUCGUGACUUCUCGAAGAGUUGAAAAGUCACAGAGUGUAUUUCACUAUGUUAUUAUUUCAUAUUUUCAUCUGCAUCCAUUCAUUGGUUUUCGAUGUCCAAGUUCAACUUGUUUGUGGAGUGUCAUGGUUGUGGUAAAGUUCAACCUGCAUUGGAUAUCUAUCUCGGAAUAAAAAUAAAAUAUAUAGCUAAAAUAGUUAUAUUCAAAUUGGAAUGUAAGCAUUAAGUUGACAUGAUUUGUUGCGUUAACAAGAUUUGGCUUGUCCAGUUUGUUCUAUCAGUUGAGUAAUCUUAUGUUUCAUUUCAGGCUGUUGAUUUCUUGUUUACAAAAUGAAGUAAAA